UAAUAAUAACCACCUCACGACCGCCCCUCCCCCUUUUUCUUCCAGCCUACUAAAAUGGACGAGGAGUAUUUCCUAGCUCUAGAGAGGGAAGUAAAUGAGGAAAGAAGGAAAAGGGAGAAAGGUGGGCAGAAGACUGUAGUAAGUCACAAGAAGGAGUCGGGGGCCAGGAGGAGCUGCUAUAGCAGGCGGGCACGAACAUUAUUGAAAAACGCCAAAGAGAUAGCAGUAGAAACAAGAUGCUCCGUGAACUUGUCAAUUCGUCCAACAUGGAUGAAGGGAAAAAGCUGGUGCUUCUCCACACCAGAUGCAGCUACCCCAAGAUCAAGAGAUUGGAAUAACCGUGAGACGGAGAGGGACAUUGCUGCGACAUCGGUAAUGGCAACGCCCAGAAAACGUCAUGCCAUUGUAGAUAACGUUGAUGGGCCCAGUACUGGCAAGCUCAACAAGGAUGCUUGUCGUGUCUGUAACCGCCGAGAGGACAUUGACCUCUGGAUCGGGUGCAGCUUCACAAAGCGAUCCAAAUCUGCUUGCCAGUACUGGGUCCACCAGAAAUGCAUUGGCCUGGCGUACAUAUCUGAAGAGGAGCUGGAGGCCGUCCCAUUCUACUGCCCUCAUCACAUCAAAGACAUUUGAACAUUAUUUUGAAACGUUUGAAUAAUUCUAACUCCAUUUCUUUGUCUCUGGUGUUAUGUAUAUUUUAUCCCUGUACUUUUUUCACUGUAUUUGUUAUCGUUUAUGCAAACUUACUUUGUUUUUACUUUACACAUUGAAAUGGAAAUAAAUAUAUCAAAUAUAUAAUAACUGGCAACGAAAGUUGAUUUAAGAAAAUAAAAUAAAAAUACCUUAAAAUUCUUCCAAUACAUAUACUUCGUCAUUCGUGUUUGCUUGCUUCUUGACAUCUUCCUUGUACUGUUUAUAUUUUUCUUGUGAUGUUGACAAGACAUUCACGAGGUCUUUUUGAAGGGGGCGGUUCUCCAGGGACCUCAAAGGGAGUGAGU